AUGGCGGCGUGUUUCGUGUGUGACCCUGUGCUCCUGUCCCGUGUCCCCGCAGAGAUCCCUCAGUGUGCCGGCUGUAGUCAGCACAUCCUGGACAAGUUCAUCCUGAAGGUGCUGGACAGACACUGGCACUCCAAGUGCCUCAAGUGCGCCGACUGCCAGACUCCGCUGGCGGACAAAUGUUUCUCCCGGGCAGGAAGCGUCUACUGCAAGGAAGACUUCUUCAAACGUUUUGGAACAAAAUGUGCAUCAUGCCAACAGGGGAUCCCGCCGACGCAGGUGGUGCGGAAGGCGCAGGACUUUGUGUAUCACCUGCACUGCUUUGCCUGCAUCAUGUGCAGCCGACAACUGGCCACCGGGGACGAGUUUUACCUCAUGGAGGACGGGAGGCUGGUGUGCAAGGUGGAUUAUGAGACGGCAAAACAAAACGACGAUUCAGAGGCGGGGACCAAGCGACCGAGGACCACCAUCACGGCCAAACAGCUAGAGACCCUCAAAAGUGCCUACAAAAACUCGCCGAAGCCAGCACGCCACGUCAGAGAGCAGCUGUCCUCUGAGACGGGGCUGGACAUGAGAGUAGUGCAGGUGUGGUUCCAGAACCGGCGAGCAAAGGAGAAGCGUCUGAAAAAAGAUGCAGGCCGACAUCGUUGGACUCAGUUUUAUAAAAGUGUCAAACGCAGCCGAGGAGGAACUAAAGUGGAGAAAGAAAGCUCUGCCGAUGACGCCGGGCUCAGUGACAGUGAACUGAGCUUCAGAGAUGACCAGGUCCUCUCAGAUCUCGGCCACGCCAAUGGGCUUUAUGGGAGUGUCGGUGACGUGUCCAACAGUGCGGUGCUGAACGGCGGCUUCUCUGUCGAUGCAGCGGGACAACCCUACCACGACAUCCGAGCAGGCAGCCCCUAUGGUCUCCCUCAGUCGCCCUCCUCCAUCACUUCUCUGCCCGGCCACACCCCUCUCCUCAACAACCUGGGCUUCAGCAUGGACAGUCUCGUGGUGCAGGGUGGGCCGGGCGGCGUGGGACAGGCCCUGAGGGCCAUGGCCGGCGGCCCGACCUCAGACCUCUCCACAGGCAGCAGUACGGGAUACCCUGACUUCCCCACCAGCCCCGCCUCAUGGCUGGACGAAAUGGACCAUUCCCAGUUUUGAGCCUCGUAGAAGAUUGCUGUGGGGAUACAACAAAACAGACUCAAAAGGCUUUUUACAUUUCUUUCUAUCGCCCUCCAAGACUGGUAUGUUUUGUGACUUUGGGUGAAGAGGAGAAGGAAGAGGAAAAAGUGUGACUCUCAGUCCCUCAGCAGUCGUAUCGAUGAGAUAACUCAAGAUGUGCAGUCCGGAUAAAAAGCAGUGAAGAACAACCUCCACACCGCUGAAUGUUCAAUCUCAACAAUGUAUCAUACAAUUUUUUGUCAUCACCUAAUUUUAUUUUGUUCUUUCACUCUGAAAAUGAGACUGGAUUUCCAGCAAGUCAGUGGAUUUUGCUCACAGGGGAGGUGAUAUUGUCUCACCCCCUCCCAAAUAAACCAUCCCUGUCUCAUAACAGCUACAACAAUAGGGCUACAAUCUAGAUCAAAGUCCCUAUGAGACCCAGGAGGCACCUGCAUGCUUCUUGACUGAUAUCGAGUAGGACUGCUGUCUGGCCAUAUCAAAGCCUUUUACAUUGGCAAUGCACUUUACUCUCCUCUUGUUUUUCUACACAUGUGGACAGGAAUGCAGACAGAGGAAGAGAGAAAAAGAGGAGGGACAUAUGCACAAGGCAAAAACACAGUGUUUCAUUGGGGAGAGAAAUUUACAAGAACAGUGGCACAAGUGCGAAUUUUGAACCAUGCUGACGUUUUUUAAUGUAUUGCUGAAGCUUAAAAGUUAUUAGGAAGUAGAUGGCCGUUGGUCUGUCCGUCCGUCCGUCCGUCCGUCCAUCCCUCUGUCCCUCUGUCCGUAGAAACCGAUGUCUCCUCUGUUUGAGUGAGGGCGAACCCUGUUUGCUACACAGCAGGUCUCUCUUCUAUAUUUAUAGGUGCUUGACUUGUUCUUGUCUGUGUAAAAGCUGUCUGAGAGCGGACGUCCGUCAGUAUUAAAUUAUCUGUUUCCAGACAUCGAAGCUUAUGUGUUGGAGGACAGUCAAGAAGUUUGGAGAAAUUCAACUCGAACCAUUCAAGUAAUUUAUCACACAUCUAAAUUAUUUAUUUUUUAUUUUUUGAAUGCACAGAUGUAAGACAAGGAGAAUUCAAAUUGAUAAAAUGUGCAGACUCCUUUGCAGAUGUUAUUGAGCAAAUAUAAAAGACAACAUUUAUUUUGGCAUUUAAACCACCAAGUAUUAUCUGGAGCGCUGAUAAACAUUUGCUUUGUGUUGGCUCUUGUGUUUCCUCAGUCUGAUCCAUGCUUCUCCUGGUAAUCUACUCAGUCCAGCAGAGCUCUGGCUUUGCCUGCUAUCAACCUACUUACUGACCCCCAGAUGUGUUGUCAGUCUGUUCUCCCCCUGCCUGGCCUCCGUGUCGGAGGGAUUACCGCAGAGCCCCCCACAAUCAGGGCUGAUACUCUGCUGCAGCUUCAGUGCUAGCAUGACUGCUGGGCUGAUACGUUUUCUUACACUUCAGGCUGCAUCUAAAUGCCCCCACCACAAUGCAGAUAGAAGACUGAUUGACGAGAAGUUCAAUCCCUUAGUCUGACUCUCUUAAUGCAGACUUUCUGUAAGCCGUUACAGUUUGACCUGUUAAACAUGUCAAAACCAGCUGUUUUUGACAGUUUGCUUGAAAACACAUCCUUACUCAUCUCCUUGUUUUGCCAAUCGAAGAAAAUAGCAUUUAACAUUUUUGGGUCACCUUUAAUGUGAAAAAUUGCCAAGUCCUUUUAAGCCAGGGCAUCCUAUUCAAGAGCCAGAAAGCAAAUCAACAAACAGAAAGUGACACUAUUAAGAAAAUCUGGGAGCACUUUAGAUUUCAGCCCGCAAAUUACAGCAUACUCAUCUCAUAAAUAGUUGGUUUUAAUGACAUACAUACUGUCUAACUACACUGGCAUUAAUAUGUAUAGUAGUAUAAGUACAGUAGAAGAAGACAAGACUUUAGGGAAUGAGUGGAUUUGUGUUUAAGAGGAACUUACAUCACUUAAAUUUGACAUUUUUGAAUUUUAAAGUUAAAAUAUUCUUUGGGAAAAAAAGGGAAAAGAGUUUAAAAAAAUGAAGUGUAGUUUACAUUGUUGUAAAAAAAAAAAAAACAUUUGUUUUUCAUGACUGGGCUGUAGUCAAAGAUGGGUUAUCCUGUAAUUAUUUAAUAUGUGACAGGUUCAUUUAAAAAGUACUUACGAUAAAAUACAUUUUAAUUUUCCCAUAAAUGCAAAUCAUUUACCCACGUAGUCUUUCUUUUCUUGUAAUACAUACAAAGUGUUUCAUUGGAACUACUUUUGUUCAAAAUAUUAGAGUAAUUUGCGGGCUGUGAUUUAAAGUGUUUAGUGAGAAUCAUACAGGAACAUGUUACCAAGACAGUUUUGUUCAGUCUGUGUUGCCUCAGAAGUUUGCAUCUAAAUUGUUGUAAAUUUUGUACAGUUUGAAAACGUGUUGAUCGUCUUGUUUCAUGAGCGCUAUUUAUUAUUAUUGCCAUGUGUCUUUGAAAAAGAUGUAAAAGAGAGCACUGAAUUUAUUCAUUUAUGCCUUCUGUGUAAUGGUAUGAACCGUGUACAGUCAAAUCUAUAUGAGGAAAAUAAAGCUGAAUUGUCUUUGGGUUA